AUGUCGAAAGGCGAACAUACGAAAAAAACACCAGCAUUAUGUGCCAGAUUAUGUGACAUUGUAAAAUGGUAUGAUUUUGACGGCUAUGGUUUCACUCUCUCCGAGGAAAGUGAUGGACAUUUCAUUGCAAAUGUCCAACAUAAUUCACCGGCAAGGUCUGCCAUGCUUUUUGUGAACGACAGAAUUGUUGAAAUCAAUGAUAAAAAUGUAGAAAAAAAAAGCAAGCAAGAAGUUCUUGCUGAGAUUAUGGCAAGCGGAGAUGAAAUCUUGUUAUUAGUCGUUGGAAGUACAGCAGAUGGUCAUUUUAAAAGAACAGGAAUGACCAUCACGUCUUCAAUGGAAAAAAUAAUGUAUAGGCGUACACAUAGACGCCUUCCAAAGAGAAAUACAUGCUUCUUUCCAAGGGAAUGUUGUAUGACAAGAUGGGAGGGUUUUGACGGAUAUGGAUUUGAAAUUCAACCCAUAAAUGAUCGAUGA